AUGGUGAUUACAGAAUACAAUAUCGACAAGCAGCUCUACAAGGUCGACCUGAGCUACAUGUUUCCCAAGAAGGUUUUGUUGACAUUACCAAAAAACACACCUCCUGUAGAUGUUGGAACUAGUAGACAUUUUCAGGGCUAUUUGGAACAACUAAACACAGAUGCGGUGCAACUUUGUGUCGAAUUAAAGACAAAAGGUUUGGAGGAUGGUGCAACUGACGAAGAAGAGGAAGAGGAUGAGGAUGAGGAUGAGGACGAGAAUGACAGGUUUGACUGGUGUGAUGAUUCAGACGGAGCAUCUUCAGGUGAUGAGGACUUUGCUACAUACGGGUUGGCUCCAGACGGAGCAUCUUCAGGUGAUGUGGACUUUGCUACAUACGGGUUGGCUCCAGACGGAGUAUGUUCAGGUGAUGUGGACUUUGCUACAUACGGGUUGGCUCCGGAAGGAAAAGAGAAUAAGGUAAAUUCUCCAACUACAAAGACUGGCUCUAGUUUGACGAAUGCACAUGUUAAGCUAGAACUAUCUGAGCUCACUCUAGCUAUCGGAGAUCGAUUCAAGUCAAAAAAGACAUUGCUAACAAGGUUGAAAAUUUUAUCAGUCCUUCAGCAAUUUGAUUUUAAAGUAGACAAAUCAAUCCCAGACAAGCUCGUUGUUAAGUGUUGGGUAGAAGGUUGUUCAUGGAGAGUAUGA